AUGCAACUGUACCGCGGCCGCCAGAUGUCUGCUGGCCUACCUGAGAUGGCAUCGAUGGUUCCGGCAAUGUGGCGGAGUGCUUCGUGCGAGGAUCUCGCGCUGAUGAACACCGCAGCUCCUCCAGACGAUGUCGAACGCUCACGCAUUUUGAAGGUCGUACAGGGUACCUGGAUCAACGUGGACUGUCCAGCGGAGAGGUACACAGUCGUUGGUCAUCACGUUACUCGCAACGACGUUCAAGGCUGCCGCCACUUCACCCUUUUCUGGGAUCCAAGAAGGAAGCAGCUGCAAUGGGGGACCCAGGGCAGGCUCUACCUUGCUUGCCUUGGUGAUGGCAUGGUGGCAUGGGUGCCGUCCAGGUACUGCUCUCGGGCAUGGAGAUGGCAGCGAGUAGCGGCACCUGGAAUGCCACCACACUCGAUGCCGCCACAGUGGACACCACUGCCAUGUCAAGGACUCUCAGCCUGCCCGGUGCCAGUCGACACAGCCAUGGGCACCUAUGGUCCUUGGCGGAGGCCUUACGGCGCAGCUCUUCGAAGCUGGGCUCCAGGCUACGCAGGUGGACGCCCAUCGGACUUCCCCCCGCGUCGCUCCCACUGGCACUAUGGUUACGCUGGCCGCGGCUUCCACGGCAACCGCAGCAUACAAGGCAUGAACCUGGAAAGAGACUCCCGCCUGGCCUGCGGACUGUCAAGUUCCGAGGUCUUCGAUCUCCUCUUCCGGGAUAUCACGCCGGACGAUUACGAGACCCUGCUUCGCCUCGAUGAGUCAGUCUCAAGGCCCACUGCCAGCACCAGCUGCAUCAACAAUCUGAAGAAGGUCCCUGGCAAGGAUCUCCUCGGCGAGGUCUGCUCUGUUUGCCUCGCGGCCUUCGACGACAACGACGUGGCGGCAGCACUGCCGUGCGGGCACCACUUUCACUUCGACUGCGUGAGCAAGUGGCUGGGCGAGUGCCGCUCUGCUUGCCCACUCUGCGGCGAAAACAUCGGCGCGGUCUCUGUGGGCACGGAAGCAAAGUCCGGCAGAGAAGAACUUUUGCCGGAGAGGUCAAGUGCCUCAACAGAUCGGGCUUAA